AUGACAACAAACAAUUUCGAAAAACUUAGUCCAUCAGAUCUUUUUACUCAAAUUCUUCUUCAAUCAGGUCAAUAUUCGUCAUCUAAUUCACAACAACCAGUACUUGAAUCUGAUGCUGAAAAAUUACUUAUUAAUUUCGCAGAAUUAUUUGCCAAAGAAUUAGUUUCUCAAUCAUCUUCUGUUGCACAAAGACGUUCAGAAACAUCAACUUCCAUAAAAUUAAAUGAUGUUAAUUUUGUUCUAAAACAUCAAUGGCCUAUUUAUGAUAAUUCUUCUUAUAAUCAAAUAUCUAAAAAUUAA